AACACAUUCUGUGAUUUUCUUGCGAGCCAUCGUCUGAGAAACCGAGACCAGGCACUCGUUCUCGAGAUCAGCCAUCAAGGGCGGCCCUCCCUUGCCCUGCCACAGUCGAGCUCAAUGUGGCCCAGACCCAGAGACACCGACCGGGUCCAACCCCGGACGAACACCAUCAAUAACACAAAGUCGCUGCCGUCACCUCUCACCACUCGACAGGGUCCGUCUUCGUCCCGUGACAACCAUCUCGUAACUGCCAUGGGAGCUGCCUGCCCUUGUGCCUGGAUCUAGCCUGGAGUCGCCUACUCGGGUUGAACAUUGAAGAAGCCAUCGUCAAUCGAGAAUCCACGCCGACUACUCAUUCAUCCUCGGAACGAUGCCAACAACUUCGACACAAACUGCAUACGCGCCAAGAAACACUGCUGAAAAAGGCUCUCUUGGCUCUUUCGAAAUCACCCUGCGCGAUGCAUCACAGCUCCAGCUCAAUCGCAUUCGCGAUCUCUGUGUAGGAGUCACAGCCCGGCAGAUGAAAGCCGGUUGUUAUCCAGCUUCCCCACCAUCUCGUCAGAAUCGCAUUCAACAUGUCACCGCCACGGUGCAGCAAUCAAUCCGACAGUUGCAGCCAAAACACACUCAAACCCAAGUGUUUUGGUCUCGACCAUGCUACCAAACUUACCAAGUCGCUGUCCUGCGUUAUACGUGUGCGCGGCAAUCAAUCACCGACAUUAUUCUCGCCCUGCGGUCCGGGACUGAUUCAGUCGCCCUUAUCGCCAGGUCGUACCGCCCACACACGAACUUCUCCCUAGCAACUACGUUCUGGUUUCUCGCACUCUCCGACCUCUCGUUCGUCGCAAAACUGCACUUGUCUGCCGACUACUGUUUAUUAUCAGCCAGACAGGACAGGGAGGUCGCCUUUCUGCAACACGCACGCACAAACUCCAGCCGCAUUCUCCACGAUGUGCUUCAGCACCCUUCGUGCCUGCAUGCCUGCAUUUACAGCAUGUACCACUGUACGCCUGGGAUGGAUGGAAACCUGCCGAUGCCCUAGGUUACUGCCCCGCACUUGACCGAACGCGGGGGGCUGGCCACCUGGCCCUGGUCCUGGACUGCUGGGUGAUGGCCGCAGGGACACCACGACACCGAUUCUUAUGCCCUACCGUCUAGAGUAAGGCGGGCGCCGCUCGCUGGCUAGAGGGCGUGGAGGGCAAGGAUGCCCGCCGAUCUUCACUGCCAGAUCGCAGAAUUCCUCACCAGGCCGCUCCACCGUCGCUGCUGAAGAUCACCCAGACCCUAUGUCAUCAUACGCCAGCGACGCUCAAGAAUUCUUUACCAAGCCGCCAUUAAACUCGCUGCCCUCAUCGUUUUAAGGGCUUGAUCGGCGUCCCCUCCCCCCAGGUAGACCAGCAUUGACCGU